AGGGAGCGGCCGAGGCGACAGGGAGCGUGCGACGCAGUCCAGCCUACCCAUAUCUCGUGUACCUGUGUCUCCGUGGGAAUACCGCAGAAAGAAUCGUCCGCAAUGGAAGCAGUUAAGGACAUCACAGAGACGGUGGCUGUCAACCUGGGUGCACUCCUGGACGCCGGGGACGACGCCAUGGUGAUACUCGAGGCAGGCGACACUCGGCUGGUGGUGCACAGGGCCGUCCUGGCGGACAGGAGCCCCGUAUUCGCGGCCAUGUUCGCCCACGACACCCUCGAGGCCUGCACUGGCGUGGUGAGGAUUGCCGACAUCGGUGGCCUGGUGCUGAGGGAGCUGGUCUCCUACCUGUACACCCUGCGGGCCCCCCAGCUGCCCGGCGCGGCCCCCCAGCUGCUGACUGCAGCGGAUAAGUACGGGGCGUCGGGGCUGAAGGCGGAGUGCGAGCGGCAGGUGGCCGCUCAGCUGACCGUUGAGACCGCGGCGGCCGCAGCCACCCUCGCAGUCCGCCACUCCUGCAGUGACCUCAGGCGAGCAGCCAUCGAAUUUAUUAAGGCACGUACCCACGAGGUGAUGGCCACUCAGGGGUGGGCAGAUGCGAUGCGGAAGCAGCCGGAAGACUUGAUCGAAGUGAGCCGAUUGCUGUACGAUCCACCACCACAAACCAGUGCACCAGUCGUUACAGAGCCGAGGACCACCACCACCAGCACCACAACCACAACCAGAACUGCCACCACCACCGCUGCCACCGCCACCUCUGCCAGCGCACCUCGCCAGACACCUGCUGCUGCGCGGCCCACGAGUCCUCAACCUGAUGAGGCCACUGUCUCUCAAAUGCGCGCACCAGUCGUUAUGCAGCUGAGUACCACAACCAGAACCACCACCACCUCCACCGCUGCCGCCACCUCUGCCAGCGCACCUCGCCAGACACCUGCUACUGCGCGGCCCACGACUCCUCCACCUGAUAAGGCCACUGUCUCUCGAAUGCGCGCACCAGUCGUUACAGAGCUGAGUACCACAACCAGAACCACCACCACCACCACCACCACCACCUCUGCCACUGCCGCUGCCGCCACCUCUGCCAGCGCACCUCGCCAGACACCUGCUGCUGCGCGGCCCACGACUACUUCACGUGAUAAGGCCACUGUCUCUCAAAUGUGGAGCGUCUCUGCUAAGGAGAGGGGCAGGAGGCUGGUCCAGGCGGCUGAGCGGGGGACAGUGAGGGAGCUGAGAGCGCUGAUCGCCGCAGGGGCCGACGUGGGGGCGAGAGGCGGGUGGGGGGGGUUGACCGCCCUGCACUGUGCAGCAGCCAGGGGAGGCGUCGAGGCGGCGAGGCUGCUGGUGGGGGCGGGGGCGGCGGUGGACGCCAGGAGUGGCAAUGGGUGGACGCCGCUGCACUGGGCGGCAGCCUGUGGCCGCGCAGAAGUGGCGGCUGCGCUGCUCGUCGCGGGGGCCGACAGGGGGGCCACAACUGGUGAUGGGCGGACAGCGCUGGACCUCGCCAGGCGGUGCAACGAGAGGCGCAACAGGAGGCGGCUGGUGGAGUUGCUGUCACGAGGCAGGCAGUCCAGCGAACUCUGUGCAAAAAAAAACAGGAACUGA